CCAGAAUUCUGAUGAAUUAAGAAUCAGGACAACCAAACUAUCCACAUUCAUAGGAAAAGGAUUUCUUUCAAGGAAAAUUGAAAGCUUUGAGUUGCUAUUUCACGAGGACGUUUUGUAAAGGGAAUGUAUGUCAUAGGGAGGAGCUGGCUUAUUAUCAACAAAAACCAAACAGAUAAAAAGCGUUUCUAUUAUUAACUUGGCUUCUUACUUCCAUCAUCAAAAAUACUGGCUUUUGUGUCCAAUGAGAGCUUCAAAUCUCGCUCUGACGGGUACAUUGGGAGCCGGCUAAGAAUUCAGACCCAAAAUGGCGACCGACGUGGGCAAGUUGAUUAAUCUUCACGAAGAAAUUCCUGAAGAAGUUUGGUGUAGAUAUUGUAAUGGCAUUUACAGAAGCCCUCUACUUUUACCCUGUUUACAUUCAUUCUGUAAAAAGUGCGUGGAGGAUAUUCGAAAGUCCCAGCAAGGGAGGCUGACUUGUCCAGUUUGUUUGACAGAUGUUGAGGGUGACUUUGAAUCACUGUUACCAAAUUCAUUGGCGCAGAGGAGGGUGGAAGAGCUGGAGAAGAAGAAAUCUUCAAAGAGGAAUGAGCCUUGUGGAGGCUGCGAGGGUCGACCUAAGAAUGCGCAGUCCCGGUGCACGGAAUGUGAAGAGUUUCUAUGCGAUGACUGCAUCCAAGCUCACCGAAGAGUCAAAUUUACCAAAGACCAUGAAAUACUUUCGUUCCAAGAGAUUUUGGAACGAGAGCUCAAGCUGAAAAAAGAAACCACGGGUCUUAAUUGUCAAAUACAUAGCAAUGAAGUGCUCGAUAGAUUCUGCGUGACUUGUGAUGUUACUAUUUGUAAAGAAUGCCAACGCAGUAUUCAUUCAGAUGGAAGCAUACAUAAACAUUCUACAAUGGGGGACGUAUUUGAUUCAUCCAAAUCUUCUAUAGGGGAAUCAUUAAAUAAGACUCGGGAGCGAAUUCCCGAKCUGCAAAAAGCUGUUUACGAGAUUAUAAAAACUUAUGGACGCGUGCAAAACAGAGUGGAAGAAAUUACUUGGCAGAUACGCCAAACGUCACGCCAUCUUAUCCAAGCGAUAAAAGACAGAGAACACCAAUUGAUAAAAGAACUUMAUGAAGUUCAAGAAAGACGUUGCGACGUAUUGAUAGGAGAGAAAGAAAUCAUGGAAAGAAAACUUGUUCAGACAAUUGAUGGAUGUGACUUUGCGGACGAUAUUUUAAGACAGGAUCGUCAGAACGAGRUACUAACGUUUAAGAAAAUCAUUAGUGGAAGACUUGAGAACCUGCGAGUUGAAAAACCCGAGGUGAAACCAGAAAAAAUGAGAAUAACAUUUGAGGCGAAGGAGGAACCUGUGGUUCGCGCCAUUAAAGACGCGUUUGGUAGUUUACAAGUAGAAUUCGCGCCACCUGCUAAAAAUACCAUGACAUCAUCUUCUAAUAAUAAUACCGCUGGCUCGGACAAAAGCAAACCUGAGUCUGCGCAAGAGGGCGAGGGUUCGAGCUCAGCUAGUGUUAAAGCCUCCGUUAGUGAACCUGUGCUUAAUAUCCUAGAAGAAAGGGAAGCUACAAAAGAGAAGAAAAAUAAAAGACGUUUCAGCUUGCCACCAGUGAUAGGAAAGAAAGGUGCGAAAGCCGUUACUGCGGCUAGGAAUGCUGCGACUUUCACAGUAACUACCAUGGAUCAUAAGAGCAAGCGAAAGGAAGUUCAAGUAAAGUUAGAAACACCUAAUGAUAGUGUGAUUAGUGCGCAUGUACUAGAUAAUAAAGACGGUACCUAUACGGUAUUCUAUUGCCCCAAGACCCCAGGGGAACAUACGGUGUUUGUCAGUCUUUCGAGUAAGAACAUAAAGCACGGUACUCGCAUACUCAACAUAAGUGGAUCGUUUCAAGGAAUGCAGAGCGAGGAGCUAGCUUUGGCAUGUAAGGUUCUUUGUUUGAUUCGAUGGCAGAUUACCCCAGGGAUGCUUCAGAAGAAACUCGAUAAAGUUGUACCAAACCCGAAGGUUACUUUUAAGGAAUUAAAACACCCGGUAGGGGAUUCGACUGCCUGAUAGUUUAUCUGCGCAAUGAUGCGCAUUAUUUUCUACAAAGUUUUUAUUCAUUACGCAAUUUCAAACACCUUGUUUUAAAACGAAUUGAAACAGGUUACGCAGUAAUGCUCGCGUCAGCUUCUAUUCUUUUUGCUUCCGCGUGACUUGGGCAUCAUUGCGUACGCAUCAGCGAUUUCGUAUGACUUGCGUGUUACUUGCGCAUCACGUGCACAUCGCUUGUGCAACUUCGAUUUUCUUCUUGCGGGACAAAAGAGUAGGUAUUGUACAUCUCUGGCUACCUGUUCUUUUUAUCUAAUGUGCUAACACCAGUUUGCCCAUUUCUGAUAUUUCCCGUUAAUUCCCUUCUAUGGAUAUGUAAAUGAAAUGUUAGUCUUCAAAUUGAACAGCAGUAAAUAUCGGUCUCUAACAAAGCCUGAAGGAUAUGAAAUCUAAUCUCUGCUACUGAAUGGUCAAAGGGAAUUCACUCUUUAUACUCCAUCCCGUCCCCUCCCAGAAUCUGGUUCUUUGGGGGGAACAGUCUUUUACCUGCGACAAAAAUAUUGAUGCGCGUUGCUUAUACAUUUUCAGUUUAGAUUUAUCGCAAUAAAUAAAUCUUUUAGUUUUAUUCUCCUAUUCAUUAAAGAAAUUCCAUUUUACUAUUUAAUCCUACUAAGAAAUCAUAUAUAUACUUGCUAUAUUUUUAUAGAGUAUGUUUAUAUACAAUAUUGUAUAUAGAAAAUUAUCAAUUUGACAACCUUUUUUAGUUUCAUAAUUUUGUUGUAUUAAUAUUAAUAGUAAAGCAAAUCUUCAUCAGAAGUGGUUAUUAUAUAAUAAAACAUUGAAUUGACCCCAGGUUGUCCUCUCCCCACCCCCGUGAGUAUAAAAUUGUUACCUUGGAAUAACACAAGGCAGCAAUGUAAGGGGUGAUUAUUAACUGCGCUUUCACGYAAAACAAAGCAAAGGUUUGCUUGCGAACGAACGACGAAUAAGCUAGGAAAUGCCAAAAAUUAUAAGAUAGAUUAAUAGAAAGUAUGAUAACAUUGGGUACAAGAAUAUUCGAGCAUUUAAAACUAAAUAACACAUAUUGGCCGACGCAAGCGCGCAGUCAAUAUGCAUAUGCGUCGGCUAUAAAUACCGCACAUAAAAGCCCUUUGAUAUACAAAAGGCAAGAGUUAUUUUUAUUUCGCUUUGCCUUGCUAAGCUCACCACACAAAACUAUGAUAACUUACAACAACCAAUCGAAAUGCGACCUCAUGUUUAUAUCCUUCCCGCAAAGGUUUUUCUCAACCAGAUUGUUGUUUAUCUUAGUUGAAAAUUAAGCUGUAAUUCUUGUAAACAAGAACCAAAUUGUGUAGUAUUUUAUGACACAUAGUCUGAAAUGAGAAAAAAAAAUAUUUCCCAAUUCCUAGUCUAUAUGUUCGUCGUAUGUGGUURAAAAAAUAGCUUCUUGAAUGAUACAUAAAUUACCGCACUGAGUGUACGCUAAUAUUUGUGGUUUGAGAAUGAUUUAUAAAAUAUUUAUAAUUUAUAAUUACGCGCGCGCUCCAAUUGGUUGGUUGAAAACGCGUGUGCGCAGAACUUAUAAACAUCGUUAUCUAUUCUA